AUUACUAAAAGAAAGGACAGAGGGUGGCCAAAAAAAAAAAAGGGCAGAGGAUGUUGAUAAUAGCGCACAUGGAGUAGAGGAUAUGCCGUUAUCAUCAUAGAGUUAGAGUCCGUCACGUUUCCGUACCUCCUCUUAAGUCACAAGAGUUGAGAGUUAAGACCCACCAUUGUAGCUGACCCAGUGACACAUGCAUAUUAUAAAGAAAAACCCAUUUCUUUUUCUUUUCUUUGUAAUCCUUGGGCCCUUUCCACUUUCAUUUUUACUUACUAUGUAUACUAAAUUCAUAUAAGGCAGUCUUCCUUUGUUGAUUUUAAUUUUCUUUUGUAGAAAAAUGCUUCCUUUGGUUUAAUAAGUGUCUUAUCUUCUUCUUUCUCUAUACACUCUCUGGAGCUCUAAACCUUUGCUUCUCCUUAAUCCUUUUAAUUAUGGAUAAUCCAGUUCAGGGAAAAAGUCAUUCUUCAGGGCAUGAGAGCCAUGUAGUUCAUCUGUGUCACAAAUGUGGUUGGCCUUUCCCAAACCCACAUCCAAGUGCAAAACACAGGCGUGCUCACAAGAAGAUCUGUGGAACCAUUGAAGGUUACAAGCUAGUUGACUCAGGGGAUAUCACCCAUACAACUGCUUCUGAUGAUGAACCACUUUCUGAAGAGGGUCGCAAAACCCCAAUCGCUCAAGUUCCAAAAGUUAUGGAAAGUAGUCUGGGAAGGCAGGACAGUUUGGAUAAUGUUAGCAAAGCAGACAAGAAUGCUGAGAAGGAUCAAACUGCCACUAUUUCUGUUAAAGAUUGUGAAGACACCGAUAUCCUUCAACCGCCUCAGAAUUCAGCUGACAGAAGCCAAAAGGAAAAUCCUGUUCCGAAAAGUAUGCCUAUGCUGUUGAUGGGCACACCGGCGCACCAAGAUCUUGGCUUGAGCUAUAGAAAAGAUUCUGAGAGUAGAAAUGGUUCAGCUAGUGAUGUGUUCCCCAUCAAAACAGAAGCACUAGUGAAUGUCUCAGAAGAUAGUAGGAAAGUCAGUGCUGGUGAUAAGGUGGCAGAAUGCUCUGUUAGGCAAGAGAAUACUACCAAUAAAAAUGAAGGAAAGUUAAACAAAAACCUAUUGGGUGGCUUGAUUCUGCCUAGCGAACAUGCUGGCGAAAUAUCUGAAACAGUGUCUAUGUCCGAAAAGGGACUGAACAUAACUUUAGAUAUGGUUUUGACUGACAAUACGGUUCAACUGAAGGAAGAGUUUAGUGACAGGUUGGCUUCUAAGAUAUCCACGAGUGAAAAUGGUGAGCAAGAGACUGACGGAGAGGGAAACCCAGGAAUUAAUUUAGAAAGAAACUUACUGGAUGUUGUGGCAUCAAACAAUAAGCAUCCAAGUGUACCAUCUGAAAAGACAGAGGAUAUAACUUCAGAGUCUGGGUUGGCUGACAAAAUUGUUGAAUUAGAGGAGAAUAGUAACAAAUUCACCCGCAAUAUGGUCAUUGAUGAUCUGUCCCCGAAAGCUGAAUCUGCAAAAAAUAUGGAUGCUUCUACAGAUAUCUUUCAAAUACAUACUGAUGCAGUACAAGGAACAGACACUGCCACUUCUGUCAAUUCAAAUGAGGUCUAUGACAAAAUGGAAAAGGAAAAUGAAAGUGUUUAUGUGCUCUCAGUUCCUGAUGAUAUUCCUGUUGCAGACAAUGCUGUAAUCAAGCUUGAGGGUUUUAAAGACCAUAAGAGAGUGAAAUUACCCCAAUUGGAGGCCUUUGCUUCUGAAGAAAUAAUCAUUGAUAAGGAAGAUGGAGUCAGUGACCAUGUUUCUCAGGAGAAAUCUGAUACUUUCCAGUCAAAUCAGCUGGAUGAAGACAUAAAGGUAGGUUCUUCAUAUAUGCAUGCUGCUGAAGAUAGCUAUAGACUAGGUGGAAAUAAUGAGUCUAUGGUUAAAGAAGUGGUUAUUGAGGGGGAAGCUGAUGUGCUUCAGAUCAAUAAAGGGUCUCCUGUUAAUGCUGAUACAACUGAGGAUGAGAAGGUCUGUCCUCUUAAAGAACAGCAGCCUAUUGAGGCUAUGGUUAAAGAAGUGGUUGUUGAGGGGGAAGCUGAUGUGCUUCAGAUCAAUAAAGGGUCUGAUGCAUUAGGGUCUCCUGUUAAUGCCGAUACAACUGAGAAUGAGAAAGUGUGCCCUCUUAAAGAACAGCAGCCUGUUUAUGUUUCUGAUGAUUUACAGCCGAUAGGUUUCUCAGGAAGCAUGAUAAAUCUUUUACCUGCCGUGAAUCCUAUGACUGCUCAUGCUGUUGCUCAUGCUGACAUUGAGGCUAGAGGGUUAGAUAAUGAAGUUGGCGGUGAUGAUAUGGGAUUUCCUGAAAGGUCUAGAACUGGGGCAAUUGAUAUAGCUGGAGUUGACAACACCAGAAGAAUUGAUGAUGAAAAUUAUGUGAAAAAUGCUGUAGCAUCAUGUGAAUCUACAAAUAAUUCUUCUUUGUCCCAAAUUAAUCCAGCAUUUAACUUGCAUGAAGUUGACAACUCUGAUGAUAUUGCGACAAGAAAAACUGAAAAAUAUGAUAUCAAUGUGGUUGAAAGUGGAGAUGGACUGGAGGAGGCAUGUGCUUCAAUGAACACCAACUCUAUAUUUGAAUCCAUUAGCACUCAUCAUCAACCCCCAGUUGUCUUAGAGGAAGUGAAUAAUGACUAUGUGAGAACCUUACCUGAGACAGAAGGCCCACAAUUGAAUACAGUUCCAAACAGUCAAGAUGACAUAAAGGAAUCUGAAAAAAAAGGGGAUAACAAUGUACAAGGAGAAUCUGCUGGUGAAGAUCUUAUGGCUUCUGCAUUAGGCAAUACUGGAGGAAAUGAGUUUGAGAGAACUUCAGUGGACCAAUUGAAGAAAGAAUUGAUGCAUUCACCUUCAUAUGCUGAGCCUACCAGUCAAAAUUCUGGUGCUGUUGACGAUAGCCAUACCAGGGAGUCCAGAAUGGGUGCUUCUGGGAUUAGCACUAUAAUUUUGCAGGGGCAGGCAGAUAAUGGCUUUGUUAAACCUCAACUUGAUACAACUGUAGUUGAUGUUUCAAUUGAAUCAAGUAGUCAAACUGAUAGUUUGGAAGGCCACUGGAGAUCUGUUUCAGUUCUUUCAACCCAAUCAAGUAACCCAGCUAUGGUCGACACUGAAACUUUACCAUCAACUGGUUCACAUGAAGUUUCAGAAGCAGAGAAAGCCAACAUAAAGAAUUCAAAAGUUGCAUCUGAAGAACAACAUUUUGAUAAAUCAGGUGAAUUUGAGCCACCAUCUUUCUUGACAUUGGUUGAACCUGGAGGCCGUGAUGAAAAAGCUGCUGCUUCUGAAAUUCAGAAAGUACAGAAUGCACAAGACCCCAUAGCCACACCUCUGCAAGCUGGUUGGUUUCCUUCUCUUACUCAUGUGGCAUACGAGUCUCCAGGAAGAAAGAAGAAUGAAGAGAUCAUAGCAAAGUUAACUAACCGGAAUGGGAAGCAGCACACUCUGAAGAACCUACUGGGUGAAGCCAAUAGUGAAACAAAACAGAUGUCCCCAAACUCAAAAGAAAACCCAGCUGUUGUAAUUCCGAGAAAGGAGAAAGUAGCCAAAGAUAAUGGAGCCUUGGUUACCAAAGUUAGCUCAAUUGUGGGCCCUGACACACCUGUAUCUGAGCCAACCAAUACGGAAGCAGGGAAAGAAUGGAAUUCUCCUGCAAGGUAUCCAGCUGAUAUUAAGAGACAGAAAAGGAAGGUGAAGGGUAGACCACUCUGGGUACAGUUUGUAUGCUGCUUAUCUGUAAAUUAGGAUUAUAAAUGCCGCAGGACUGAAUUUAGAGACAUUAUUGAGUGGGAAUGACUUCUCGAUUCAUCUUAAUAGUUAAGGUAUUUUAGCUUCAAUUUUUUUUUUUUUUCAUAAAGAGAGGAUAACUAUUUAUAAUAAAAUAUCAGCUACAGAUUCCUUUAUAUAAGGAAGUAGAAGAAGUAUCCUCGUAAGCUAAUUGAAGUUGUUUACAACCAUUAAUAUCUGAUAGAGGCAGUGAUUGUGAAAUUUUUUUCACUGUCAACAAAGAAUCAGAUUCUACUAAA